GGCACAUCCAGUCGACUUUCUUGAGUCAUCUGAAACUUUUCAGUAAAAAAAAACGCUGGCCACGUUUCUUUCGUCUGACAGUGUCGGACGUUUUUCCAGGACCAAGAAACAGUUUUGCGAUUAUCUGGACGCGUCGCGGCAAUCGCAUGCCCUUUAAAACUAUGUGGAGAUGGAUUUCAUGAAACUGAUCGGAACUGUUUUAGCAGUUUGUUUUCAUCCCAGCUGCGCAUCGAAGGCGUUUGGUGGCCAGAGGAUAUGCCGGAGAGGGACAGAGAAGCCCUGCUAUAAAAUCACUGGUUUCCAGGACAUCAGGCUGAGAGUGAACUUUGAGACAGCCAGACAGAAGUGCAGGGAGGAUGAUGGAGAGCUGCUCAGCAUUGAGACUGAAAACGAGCAGCGUUUGGUGGAGAGGUUUGUUCAGGAGCUCCGGGCAUCUGAUGGAGACUUCUGGAUAGGGCUACGAAGAGACCAGAAAAACUCUGCUGCAGACUGUCCAUCAAAAUAUUACUGGCUGGAUAACAGUCAGGCCACAUUCAGGAACUGGCUGGUGAUGGAGCCCUCGUGUGGCCGUGAACAAUGUGUGGCGUUAUUCUACCGUGCCUCCACCUCUGCUGGCCAGAAGGAGGGCACCCUGUUCAAGUGGACUGACUAUAAUUGCAAUUCCAAGAAUAAUUUUAUCUGCAAGUACUCAGAGGAGAAGCAUCUUGUCCCCACUUCAGCAGAUAAUGUGACAGCACACACAGGUCUUGAUGAUCUCGCAUUAAUACCAAAGCACCCGCCCAGUACAAAGGACAAUGAUAAGAUAAACACAGAACUCUCUGAGUCAUCAGUUUCACUUUCAGAUGACACGGUUAAUAUUUACUACAUCCUCCUGGCUACUAUACCUGUGAUGCUGCUGUUAAUAUUGGCAGUGUCAGGAGUGUUCUGUUUUCGAGUCAUGACCAGGAGGAGAAAAGAACAGAAUAUAAUAUAUGCCGUUCCAGGGCAGUGGGUGCGCACGGUACCACCGAAAGGUCAAAACGAACAUGAACGCACCAAUAAAUUCCCGCAGCCCGCAGCUCAUCUGGAGUACAUGUGUUCGGAACUUAAUAGACCGUUUAUCGUUACUUCCACAAACGGUCAGUUUGAGGAUUACGAGAAUGUUCCAAGCAGUACCACACAGUGUGGUUUUGUCACAAAUGACAUUUAUGAGACCUGCCGGAGCCCCUCGGCAGUAGAGGCCGGAUGGGUGGACAACGACAUCUAUGGAUACUAAAACACUAUAUGGUAUAUGUUGACUAGAAGUCUGACCUCUCUCUCUCUAGUGUGGCUGGAUCUCCUUCCAUUUUUGAUCUCAUCUCCAGCCUGCUGUAUAUGCCUGCUUUGAUGUGCACUGUGUGAAGAACUGGGAUGCCUGCAGUCUUUCAGGGGUCAGCCAGGGGUGUACUUUGAUUCCCGCAACUGUGGGACUAUACAAAGAAGCAUAAAGGUAUCAUCACGUUGUGGGAACUUCCUCUGUGGAAGCUGGUAUCCUGGAACGUGACCUUUCAUUGGUAAAUUCACAAAGCAGUGCAAUGACCUCUCAGCUCAUCACAACAACUAGAGUCCCUUUGUCUCUUAUGCCCACUGUUGCUCCCUUGUGUUUAACCUUAAGUUAAGGUUAUAAACUUGCUUAUUCACAUGGGCUGGGCAGAAACAAAACAGUGAAGAAUGGUUAUUGCUAUCCUCGUAAAAUCCUGUUGAUGUUUUCAGUUAAAAUAUGUAACUUUUGGGAGAAAAAUAAUGAAUCGUAUUAACAUAAUGAUUUGAAUGUACAUAACAUUAGUUAUUGCAACAUAUUUAGAAACAACUGUAUAGUAUAAUGCAAUGCAAGUCGCUUUGGCUAAAAGCAUCUGCCAAAUGCAUAAAUGUAAAUGCAACAUAUUAAAUAUGUACUUUGCUUUGGGGUGUUACUAUAAGCAACUGUGAGCAAUUCUGUAAAUGUUUGUAAAUGCUGUUAAGUAUGUUAAUGACUUUCUUGUACAUACAAGCUGCAAUGGCCUUGCUGCAGAUGGAUGUGUUUUAUUCCAUUUUUAAUAUACAUUUUGAAUCAAUUUAAUCCUAAUAUUUUUGUUUAUAUGAUAAAUAAAUAUUUUAU